AUGGUAGGUGUGAAGACAUGGACCGAUGAUGAAGCUUGGUUUGUUCUAAAAGCAUCGGAAAUCACAAAACCAAACAUUUCGUCUACACAAAGGAACCCCAGACCAAUUAGGUACUUCACCGACAAGGAAAUUGCAACCCUUUGCAAGAAGAAUGUCCCGAACAUACGCCACACCCCAGAUGCAAAGGGUGUCAAAUACAUCCGUGGUAAUAAGAAAGCGCAGUAAGUGCCUUUAGAUUUCAUCUCAUCCCCUAUGUAUAAUUUACAGCUUGGUACUUUCCCUGUUGUCACUACCGAGGACACAGUUCUAUGUCAGAUCGUAUUCUUUCUCCCUAUUUAUUGGCCAAUCCAGUAAAUUCAUGAGGCUGAUUUUUUGUAUUAUAGGUUUUUAUCCCCGAGGUAGGUCAACUAGUUCAAUAUCCAGCUGCGAUUAUCUGCCAAUGCCUAUCCCUACAAUUACACAUGUCCUUCUUCCCUUUUUAAGCAUUAUUUUCUAAUUUCGCAGUGCACCAAGACCUUCUCAGGCAGUUCUAGCAGCUAUUGAACGACUACGCCAUCAAUGCAAUACCUCUUCUCAACACCAGGACAGCACGAGCGGAAACAAGUUCACAACUCCGUCAAAUAGAAGCCGCGGCAAGCUUCCACAGGUACAAGGAAUGGGGGCCUUUGCCGGUCCAGCUCCACCUGGGGGCCCGUCCGGGCUGGAGCAUCCUGACUUAUUGAUAUCAAGAACUAUGAAUAAUCAGAACGGGAGCAGAGUUGGACAAAUCGUCCCCCAGCAAUUCCAGACUAUGAGUGCUAUGAACCCGUCAGAUUUUGCAAGUUCGCACCAAAAGAUGGAAGGAAGAGGAUUCCAUGGUCCUACAAAUAUGUUUGCGGAUGAGCACAUCAGCCGCGAUCGAUGUUAUGCCCUGUACAAUAUGGAGCCGCUGUACUUCGACAGGUCAUAUCAACAAUAUGGAAUACAUGGAAAUGCGUAUGUACAUAUGCUGCGCAGAGAGCCCACAAAGUUACUAACGUCAACACAGUGCUAUUUCAGAUUCUGGUAGCCAACAACAACAUGGACAGGCACACCGCGAGAGAGCUCUACCAACAAAUGUUCCGAAUAAUUCUUGUGCUAGAAUGCACCCUCAGUUGGAACAAACAAUGAAUUACGGGCAGCAAAUGGGUACUCCAAUGCAGAAUGACAAUGGCAGUCCUCGAAUUCCACAACAAAUGCAUCCGACUACCAUGUGCCCGCUCCGAGGCAAUCAGAUGGGCUCCGAAGCUUCGAUUUUUGAGCCACAAAUGCAAGCUUACAACUAUGGAGUCCCUGCACAGCCGCCAUACCCACCGAACUACAAAGGCUAUACACCAGGCCUACAAAAUCUGGGCGGGAACGAAAUGAUGAUACCACCAGGUCCAACUGAUGUUGGAAGAUUUACUAGUCCCAAUGGUAUGCCUUCAUAUGCGCAAAGUAACGGAGGUAUAAUGUCGCAUGGUGGACAGUACCAUGGAAAAGACCAGCUUCUGGCACAACAGGCCGAUGUGCAAUUUCGAGGCGCUCCAGGUGCAACUUUGGAAGCUAUGCUGGACUCCAAGUUCAAGCCUCCGACAUCUCAUGGACUUUCACAAACCACAAUUAACAAUCCUAAUUUCACUACUUCUGAUGGACUUCAGCAAACCACAAUGAACACUCCUGGUUCUGCUAAUGAUCCAGCUGAUUACUUUGGUACUCCGGCGGCCAUGACCCCCGAUAGUACAGAACAUGCUUCACUUGCCAUGGAUGAUUCCUGGGAUCUCUCUGAGUCUGAUUUUAAUGAUCUUGUCGAUUUAAACUUUUAG